AUGUGCUUAUUCAAUUUCUUCUCAAAAGACAAAGACGAAAAGGACGAUCUACCGCCUCCACGGCCAACAAGUCUUGGGCGCAGAACACCAGAAGCUACAUCAAGACUCCAAGGAAGCAAGUUCGACGGCAGUCCAAGACCAUCAGGGGACAAAGACAAGUACGGCUACGGAGUUGGCUACAGCUCUGGUAAUGGGUCGUUAGGCGUCGGUGGACCGCAUGGCGGCCUGUACGGUGGCGUCAAUGGCGGUGUUUACUCUGGAGUCAGUGGAGGGCCAAAUGGAGGUGUUAAUGGGGGAGUUUAUGGUGGUGUUUCAGGAACAACGCAUGGUGGCGGAUUGGCGCCUGCUGGAGGCUAUGGGAGUUCACCGGGAGGCGGGCAUGGAUACCUUUGA